GCCGUUGCUGAUGAACCUCUGCUGCCCCUACUUCUUCCAGGAUCUGAACUACUUCCUGCGGCUGGCCGGGGUGGCCCGGCAGGUGCGCCGCCACGGGCAGCGCCGGCCGGUGCGCACCAUCCUCAGUGCCUUCCAGGACAAAGCGCGCCAGAUCCCGCACAAGCCUUUCGUGCUCUUCCGCGAUGAGACGCUCACCUACGCGCAGGUGGACCGGCGCAGCAACCAAGUGGCGCGGGCGCUGCGCGACCACCUCGGCCUCCGGCAGGGAGAUUGCGUGGCGAUCUUCAUGGGCAAUGAGCCGGCUUACGUGUGGCUGUGGCUGGGGCUGGUCAAGCUGGGCUGUGCCAUGGCGUGCCUCAACCACAACAUCCGCGCAAAGUCCCUGUUGCACUGCUUCCAGUGCUGCGGGGCGAAGGUGCUACUGGCCUCGCCAGAACUACAAGAGGCUGUUGAAGAGGUGUUGCCAAGCCUGAAAAAAGAUGACGUGGCCGUCUAUUAUAUGAGCAGGAGUUCUAACACAGAUGGGGUCGACUCUUUCCUAGACAAAGUGGAUGAGAUGUCAGCUGAACCUACCCCAGAGUCCUGGAGGUCUGAAGUUACCUUUUCCACUCCUGCCUUAUACAUUUAUACUUCUGGAACCACAGGUCUCCCAAAAGCUGCAGUGAUCAAUCAUCAACGCAUAUGGUAUGGAACCCGCCUUGCUGUUUUCACCGGGAUUAAGGAGGAUGAUGUAAUGUAUACCACCCUACCCCUGUACCACAGUGCUGCGCUUAUGAUUGGCUUACAUGGAUGUAUCCUAGCUGGUGCUACUUUUGUUUUACGGAGCAAAUUUUCAGCCAGCCAGUUUUGGGAUGAUUGCAGAAAAUACAAUGUCACUAUCAUUCAGUAUAUUGGUGAACUGCUUCGGUAUUUAUGCAAUACUCCUGAGAGACCAAACGAUCGUGACCAUAAAGUGAGAGCGGCAUUGGGGAAUGGCUUGCGAGGAGAUGUGUGGAGAGAAUUCAUCAAGAGGUUUGGAGACAUCUAUGUGUAUGAGUUCUAUGCUUCCACUGAAGGCAAUAUCGGAUUUAUAAAUUACACGAGAAAAAUUGGUGCUAUUGGAAGAUUAAACUACCUUCAGAGAAAAAUCAUAACGUAUGAGCUAAUUAAAUAUGAUGUGGAGAAAGAUGAGCCCGUCCGAGAUGGAAAUGGAUAUUGUAUCAAAGUUCCAAAAGGGGAAGCCGGACUCCUGGUCUGCAAAAUCACACAACUUACACCAUUUGCUGGCUAUGCUGGAGGAAAGACUCAGACGGAGAAGAAAAAACUGAGAGAUGUCUUUGAGAAAGGAGACCUCUAUUUCAACACUGGAGACCUCUUAAUAAUUGACCAUGAAAAUUUUGUCUACUUCCAUGACAGAGUUGGAGAUACAUUCCGGUGGAAAGGGGAAAAUGUGGCCACCACUGAAGUCGCUGACAUAGUAGGACUGGUUGAUUUUGUGGAAGAAGUGAAUGUUUAUGGAGUGUCAGUGCCAGGUCACGAGGGUCGAAUUGGCAUGGCCUCGAUCAAGAUGAAGGAAGGUCAUGAAUUUGAUGGAAGGAAACUCUUUAAGCAUGUGGCUGAUUACCUGCCCAGUUAUGCAAGACCCCGGUUUCUAAGAAUACAGGACGCCAUUGAGAUCACUGGAACUUUUAAACACCGAAAAGUGACCCUCGUAGAGGAGGGAUUUAACCCUGCCGUUAUCAAAGAUGCCUUGUAUUUCUUGGAUGACAAAGCAGAAAUGUAUGUGCCUAUGACUGAGGACAUUUACAAUGCCAUAAAUAAUAAAACUCUGAAACUCUAAAUAUCCCCAGGAGGAUAACUUAUAAUGUAUUUCCAGAAAGAAACUGAAUGGAUCUAGUAACCGCCACUUGAUAUAAUCCAACUUUAAUCUGAUUGAAGAUUGUGAGGUGUAGGUUUUUUAUGCAUACCAGUAAGGGAGACUUUAAAAAAUGACACCUGAAUCUUUGCAAGUGAAAAAGAUGUAGAGAUAAUUAUUUUUCAGUUUGUACCUACUGUUUGUAUUUGCAAACUAAGCUUGUUUGGGGAAGGACGUUAUGUUUUUAAAUAUGAAAUAAAAUAGAUGAACACCAGCAUAUGAGA